AUGUUCCUCUGUUUUUAUGUGCUCAAUACUACUUUGCAAAUUCCCCCAUACUUACAACCCGUCUUGAAGCCUGUCGACUCUCCAGAGGCCAUUCACAGACGACAAGCCGCUCAGCCAUUUAAUAAUGACUACGAUGGCCCCAUGUGGACCUCUCCACCAAGUUACCCCUCGCCCUGGGGUUCUGGAGCUGGUGACUGGGGUGCUGCAUACGAGAAAGCCCGCGCUUUUGUGAGCCAACUGACUCUGCUGGAAAAAGUCAACCUCACAACUGGUGUUGGCUGGGAGUCAGAUCGAUGUGUGGGAAAUGUUGGGGCAAUUCCCCGUAUUGGAUUCCCCAGUCUGUGUAUGCAAGACGGGCCGUUGGGUGUCAGAAAUGCCGACUAUGUUUCUGCUUUCCCCGCCGGUCUAAAUGUCGCUGCAACUUGGGAUCGCAACUUGGCCAGGAUUCGUGGACAGGCCAUGGGUGAAGAACACAGAGCGAAAGGCGUUGAUGUCCAGCUAGGUCCGGUCUGUGGCCCUCUUGGUCGAUCUCCCGAAGGGGGAAGAAAUUGGGAAGGGUUUAGCCCCGAUCCGUAUUUGACUGGUGCACUCAUCGGUCCGACCAUCCAGGGUAUUCAAACCGCAGGCGUUAUGGCUUGCACCAAGCAUUACGUCGGUAACGAACAAGAACACUUCCGCCAGGUUGGGGAAUCCCAAGACUAUGGCUGGAACAUUACCGCCGCUCUCAGUUCCAAUAUCGAUGACAAGACCAUGCAUGAACUUUACUUGUGGCCUUUCGCUGACGCCGUUCGAGCGGGGACCGCAUCCGUCAUGUGCUCCUACGAACAGAUCAAUAACUCUUAUGGUUGCGCAAACUCAUACACCAUGAACCAUCUCCUCAAGAACGAGCUCAAUUUCCAAGGUUUCAUCAUGUCCGAUUGGCAAGCUCAACACUCCGGAGUCGGUACAGCCUUGGCCGGGCUCGAUAUGACUAUGCCUGGCGACACCCUGUUUAGCACUGGCUAUACCUACUGGGGCACCAACUUGACGAUCGCCGUCAUCAAUGGCACCAUCCCAGAAUGGCGAAUUGACGACAUGGCGACCAGAAUUAUGGCUGCUUAUUUCUAUGUUGGCCGUGACACGAACUACGUCCCCACCAAUUUCUACUCUUGGAGCCGAAAUACCUAUGACAAGAUUCAUGCCGCAGAUCCAAAUUCACCCGUGGGACUUGUGAACGAGCAUGUCAACGUCCAAGAUGAGCACCGAAAUGUUAUCCGACAGGUUGGCCAAGCCUCAAAUGUUCUUCUGAAAAACACGGGUGGGCUACCCCUGACCGGCCAGGAGAAGCAAGUGGGCAUUUUCGGAUAUGAUGCUGGUAGCAAUCCUUGGGGCGCCAAUGGCUGUCCCAAUCGCGAGUGUAACAACGGUACUUUGGCCAUGGGCUACGGCAGCGGAACCGCUGAGUUCCCUUACUUGGUCACACCCGAACAAGCCAUACAACAAUACGUCUUGACCCAAACCGACGGUGAAGUGUUUGCCAUUCUCCACAAUUACGCCGACACUCAGAUACAAAGUCUUGCAUCUCAAGCCGACGUCGCUCUUGUUUUCGCCAAUGCUGAUUCAGGAGAAGGAUUCAUCACCAUUGACGGCAACACGGGCGACCGAAAUAAUUUGUCCCUCUGGGAAGGAGCAGAUCGUUUGAUCAACAAUGUCACCAAAUACAACCCGAACACGAUCGUUGUCCUCCACACGGUUGGUCCGGUCAACGUUUCAGCCUGGUACGACAAUGAAAACGUCACCGGUAUUAUCUGGGCCGGUCUUCCCGGUCAGGAGAGUGGAAAUGCGAUUGUUGACGCCCUCUACGGAUUCAUCAACCCUGGAGGCAAACUCCCCUUUACCAUUGCCCGUAACCGGGAGGACUAUGGUACGGAUAUCAUCUACGAACCUAACAAUGGGCAGUUUGAUGCGCCCCAGGACCUUUUUUCCGAGGGUGUCUUCAUCGAUUAUCGAUUCCUCGACUCGAAGGGUAUUGAUCCUAUUUACGAAUUUGGCUUUGGAUUAAGCUAUACGACUUUUGAAUAUUCGGAUCUAAUUAUCACCCCUGGAAAUCCAGCCCCUUAUACGCCACCCAGUGGACAAACAGAGCCGGCACCUGUUUUGGGAACCUACAGCACGGAUCCGGCGGAAUAUCUCUUCCCCAACGACACCAUCGGCUAUCGUCCUUAUCUGUUUAUCUAUCCGUACCUCAACUCCACCGAUCUCAAAGCGUCCGCCGAUGAUCCUGACUAUGGUCUACCGACCGACCAGUACGUGCCUGCGGGCGCGACAGAUGGUUCACCACAGCCGUUUCUAGCAGCUGGAGGUGCUCCUGGUGGUAAUCCAGGUCUGUACGAGGUCGUUGCAACCGUGAGUGCGACAAUUACCAAUACUGGUAGUGUUGUCGGAGACGAAGUGGCCCAGUUGUACGUUGAACUGGGAGAUGGUGAACCACCCAAGGUUCUGCGUGGUUUCGACCGCCUCACAAUCGAACCAGGUGCUUCGGCGACAUUCACUGCCGAGCUGACGCGUCGCGAUGUCUCCGUCUGGGACAUUACCGUCCAAAAUUGGGUCGAAGUCGGCAACCCCGUCAUCUAUGUCGGUGCCUCGAGCAGAAAUUUACCGCUUUCGGGUUCUCUGUACAGCGGCGGUGGAUCCGGCGGUGGAUCACCAUCGGGACCUAGCGAAAGCUCGUCCACCCACACUGGGAGUGGAGCUUAUGGACAUCCUACUCCUAGCGGUGGACCGCCAGUGAGCCAGAUCUCAGAUGGCCAGCCCCAAGCGCCAACCGGGCAUCCAACCGGACCACCUCCUGCAACGAACACGGUGUGA